CAGGCUCCAUAGGUUCUCAGCUCCGCAGUUUGGAAAAUGCAAUCUUAAGUCCCUGUUGAAGUAAAGACGGUCAUCCAGGAGAAAUUGGGAGAUAGCAUAAAUCUUUGUAGACAACUUGGCUGCAAGCAGUUAAACUGAAAUUAACUUCUGCCUUCUGGCUGCAGAGUGCUAGUCUGACGUUCCUGUGUGAUACUCUGCAGACUAAAUCAUGCCAGCGUUAUCAACUGGAUCUGGAAGUGACACAGGUCUGUACGAGCUGCUGGCUGCGUUGCCAGCCCAGCUGCAGCCACAUGUGGACAGCCAGGAAGACCUGACCUUCCUCUGGGAUAUGUUUGGUGAAAAAAGCCUUCAUUCACUGGUGAAGAUUCAUGAAAAACUGCAUUAUUAUGAAAAACAGAACCCAGUGCCCAUACUCCACGGUGCAGCAGCCUUGGCAGAUGAUCUGGCUGAGGAGCUGCAGAGCAAGCCACUGAGCAGUGAGAUCAGAGAACUGUUGAAACUCCUCUCAAAACCCAAUCUCAAGGCUUUGCUCUCUGUACAUGAUACUGUUGCUCAGAAGAACUACGAUCCUGUCUUGCCCCCCAUGCCUGAUGAUAUUGAUGAGGAAGAAGAUUCAGUUAAAAUAAUCAGGCUUGUCAAAAACAGGGAACCAUUGGGAGCUACUAUUAAAAGAGAUGAACAUACUGGUGCAAUUGUGGUGGCCAGGAUAAUGCGUGGAGGAGCUGCAGAUAGAAGUGGUCUUAUUCAUGUUGGUGAUGAACUGAGGGAAGUCAAUGGGAUUCCUGUAGAUGAUAAAAAACCUGAAGAAAUAAUACACAUUUUGGCUCAGUCUCAAGGAGCAAUUACAUUUAAAAUUAUACCUAGUGUGAAGGAAGAAAUGCCAGUGAAGGAAGGCAAGAUGUUUAUCAGAGCUCUGUUUGACUAUGAUCCUAAUGAGGAUAAAGCAAUUCCUUGUAAAGAAGCUGGACUUGCUUUCAGAAAAGGAGAUAUCCUUCAGAUCAUGAGCCAGGAUGAUGCGACCUGGUGGCAGGCCAAACACGAAGGUGAUGCCAAUCCCAGAGCAGGCUUGAUCCCUUCAAAGCAUUUCCAGGAGAGGAGAUUUGCACUAAGAAGACCAGAAGUGCAGAUUCAGCCACUGAAAAUUUCCAACAGAAAAUCAUCUGGUUUUAGAAGAAGCUUUCGUCUUAGCAGAAAAGAUAAAAAAACAAACAAAUCUAUGUAUGAGUGCAAGAAGAGUGAUCAGUAUGAUACAGCAGAUAUCCCAACAUAUGAAGAAGUUGCAAAAUAUAGACGACAACCUAAUGACAAAUACAGGCUUGUAGUUUUGGUUGGUCCUGUAGGGGUUGGACUGAAUGAACUUAAACGGAAAUUGCUGAUCAGUGACACCCAGCAUUAUGGGGUAACAGUGCCACACACUACUCGUCCAAGGAGAAGCCAAGAAAGUGACGGUGUCGAAUACAUGUUCAUUUCCAAGCACUUGUUUGAGACAGACGUACAGAAUAACAAGUUUAUCGAGUAUGGCGAGUAUAAGAACAACUACUAUGGUACAAGUUUAGACUCCGUUCGAUCCGUUCUAGCUAAAAACAAAGUUUGUUUGUUGGAUGUGCAGCCUCAUACAGUGAAACACUUACGUACAUAUGAGUUUAAACCAUUUGUUAUAUUUAUAAAGCCUCCGUCACUUGACCGUUUGAGAGAGACCAGAAAAAAUGCCAAGAUUAUUUCAAGUAAAGAUGAUAAGGGAACAGCAAAACCCUUUACAGAAGAAGAUUUUCAAGAAAUGAUUAAAUCUGCCCAUCUGAUGGAGAGCCAGUACGGCCACCUUUUUGAUAAGGUGAUAGUCAACGAUGACCUCGCUACAGCUUACAGUGAGCUUAAAACAACUUUUGACAGGUUGGAGACCGAGACCUUCUGGGUUCCCGUCAGCUGGCUACAUUCAUAGUAAUGUUUUAAAUGGACAAAACAUCUGCUGUUGUCUCAGCGUCUAAAUAUGGGUCAUGGUUAAGCAUUACUCGAUGGCCGUUUUCUUGGUAGGAGGGCUUUCUCACUCUACCUGUGCAGCAGGUACACUCUUCAUGCACUUGGAACUGGUCUUGUUUUCCUGUGUCUUCAAUCCUCCUGCCCACAAUUUGGGGGCAGAACAGUCAGAUUAAACCGAAGUCUUACUAUGCUCCAUAAAGUGAGCUAAUGCUAGUGUAACAAAACUGCCAAACACCUCUUUAGCAUCAUUUGUAUAUUUCCAAGGUAAGCUUUUUAAUGGAGAGUUUGCAGAAGAUACUAAUUAAUACUGGAGAUCAGCACUUUGAUGGUUUUGAGCAUAACUGCUCCCAUAGAGAGCACAUCAGCACUUGGAAGUUAUUACCCCUGAAGUGCUUGAGAGAACUGAAACAGGCAAAAGUGACCAACAUUUUUAUGAGGAAGACAUCAUAGUUUUAAUUACGUAUCAAGUGGUUUUACUUUUCUAGAUGUGAACCUUGUCUUAUAUGUACAGAGUGAUUUUAGGAUUCCUUUGCACUUACAUAGUCAUGGAAAGAAAGAUGUAUUCAGUGGCUUAGUUGUGAAAUACUCCGCUGUGAGCAUGCAUGGAUUGAAAAUAUUUUCAUGCAUGCUUUGUGGCACAACAAAGAAAACUCACGGGAAUAUUUAUUUAAAUAGGGAAAAAUGUGAGUUACUAUGUAUAUAACUUCGAAGUCUUUGGGAUUAGUCUUCUGUAAAAUCAGUGGCAAAGUGAUAUGAAUAGCAACAAAGUAGAGAGUAACCUUUUUUUUUUUAACUUUAAAUUGAUUUCAAACAUUUUUGGCGUCCUUUAGAACAAUUUUCCCAUCAGAAAUUUUCAAACAAUUAGUGAGGAAACCUUGGAGAUCUGGAAAGCAGUUGCAAGAGAUUUAUUCUUUUUAUUGUCUAGUAUGUAGUGACACUUUUUAGUAGUAUAACAGAUAUUUUAUCUACACUCAAAAAUAAAUUAAUGCUGUAGACUUCACUGUAAAAAA